AUGGCUUUCGACAGCCUGAGCAGACCCGACUCCCGAAGACAAGACAAAAUGACCAGCGCUCGGGAAAACAUUCCCUCGCCAUCUGGCUAUCCACUCAUAGGCAACAUCCUGGACGUCCAGGACGAAGUCCCCAUCAGAGGCGUAGAACGUAUGAUUGACCUCUACGGCCCCAUCGUCAAACUCAACUUCAUGGGCACCGAGAGUAUCUUCAUCGGCAGCGCAGAACUGGUAGAAGAACUCUGCGACGAGAAGCGAUUCUGGAAGAAACCCCCCAGUGCUCUCAGUGACCUUGCGAACAAGAAGGCGGGACCUGAUGGCGAGAGAGCGCAUCGAGGAAUGUUCAGUGCGCCUAGCGAGGAGGAUCCGGACUGGCAGCAGGCUCAUCGUACGCUUAUGCCGGCUUUUGGACCGCUGGCGAUCCAGGGAAUGUUCGACGAGAUGCAUGAUAUUGCCAGCCAGCUAGUGUUGAAGUGGGCGAGGAUGGGGCCGGACGACCGUAUACCCGUUACAUCGGACUUUACGAGGCUCACACUGGAUACCAUCGCGCUUUGUGCUAUGGACUUCCGCUUCAACUCCUUCUAUCAAGACGACAUGCACCCGUUCAUUCAGGCGAUGAACAGUUCUCUAUCCGCUGCUUCGGAUCGGUCGAAGAUCGGCUCUAUGCUGAAGAAGUUGCUCCCGUGGGAUCGAACAGACCAGAAGGUUGCGCAGGAUCGGGAAUUCAUGAGGAAGGUCUCACGUGAAAUGGUUCAGCAUCGUCAGGAUAAUCCGACCGAGAAGAAUGAUCUUCUUAAUGCUAUGAUACAUGGCAAGGAUCCGAAGACAGGCGAGAGGAUGCCAGAUGGUCUUAUCGGAGCGAAUAUGGUUACAUUUCUGAUUGCUGGCCAUGAGACGACCUCGGGAUUGCUUUCCUUUGCUUUUCUGAAUCUCCUACAGAAUCCUGAGACGUAUUUCAAAGCACAGGAGGAAGUGAAGCGGGUCAUUGGACGUGGCAAAAUGCGGCCUGAGCAUCUGAAAGAACUGAAAUAUAUCGACGCGGUGCUGCGGGAGACACUCCGUCUCACAUCUACCAUCCCUGCUUUUGUCCGGAGUAUCAGGAGUGACAAUCCGAAUGAUUUCGAGCACCUCUUGGGUGGCAAAUAUGCCAUCAAUCGCUCGGACCCAGUUAUCUGCUUGAUCGGGAAGUCGCAGCGAGACCCGAAGGUGUAUGGCGAUGAUGCGAAUGAGUUCAAGCCAGAGCGUAUGAUGGACGACAACUUUGUUCGACUGCCUAAGGGAGCUUGGAAACCUUUCGGGACUGGAGUUCGUGCUUGUAUUGGGAGGGCUUUUGCUUGGCAAGAAGCUCAGAUGGUUAUGGGGUUGCUGUUGCAGAACUUCAAUUUCCGUCUUGACGACCCGGCGUACAAAAUGAAAGUCAAGCAAACUCUCACCAUCAAGCCAGAGGGCUUUUACAUGCGAGCAGCAUUGCGCGAAGGUGUCACAGCUACGAGUCUACAAGCCACGCUGUCGUCUCCUGAAGAGAAUGUCAAAGCUGCCGUAAAUGCGAGCCAACAGCGCAACGACUCCGGGCUGGCCUCGGACCUCAACCCUAUGACAAUCUUAUAUGGCAGCAAUACUGGUACCUGCAUGUCUCUGGCGCAGAAGUUGAGUAUCGAUGCCAGAGCUAAUGGCUACCGUGCUACCGUCAUGGACAUGGACGCUGCUGUUGAUGUUCUUCCAAAAGACCAGCCAGUGGUGAUCAUCACGGCAAGCUACGAAGGUCAGCCUCCUGACAACGCCGAUCACUUCAUCACUUGGCUUGAGAGACUGCAAGAUAAGGAGGUGCUGAAUGGCGUGCACUUUACAGUAUUUGGCUGCGGUCACAGCGACUGGACCAGCACUUAUCAGCGCAUACCUACACUUUGCGACGACCUUAUGGCAGAUCAUGGUGGCGAGAGGAUCGUGGACCGUGGAUUGAGCAACGCAGCGGACGGCAAUAUGUUCUCCGACUUUGACACUUGGGCUGAUGGGAGGCUUUGGCCUGCCAUUGCACCCGACAGUGCAGAAGCCACGAAGACGAGUCCGGUGCUCGAUGUCGAGAUGUCGUCGCAAGAUCGGACAACAUAUCUACGUCAAGACGUGCAAACAGCCAAGGUCCUCGAUGCUAGAUGUCUGACCGCAGCAGGCGAGCCAGAGAAACGACACCUGGAGGUCGAGCUACCCGAGAACAUGCACUACGAGGCUGGCGACUAUCUGGCGAUUUUGCCGCUGAAUCCUUUGGAGAACGUUCGAAGAGUGCAAAAGCAUUUCAGUCUGCCCGUAGAUGCUACACUGACGAUCAAACCCGGCGCAGCCACUUUUCUCCCAACAGGCGUAAGCAUAUCCAUUCACGACUUGCUGCGAGGUUUCGUUGAGCUCAGUCUCCCUGCCACGAAAAAGGAUCUGCAGGCUUGUAUCGCGGCCUGCCAAGAUUCAACUCAGCGUGCUGCACUCGAGAAGCUUGCCGAACAGGAUGCUGUCACCGAGAAGCAUAUCAGUCUGCUUGACUUACUGGACAGCUACUCAGCCACAGAGAUGACCUUCAGCACUUUCCUCGCCAUGCUGCCACCGCUUCGUACAAGGCACUACUCAAUCUCUUCCUCUCCGCUCGCCAAUCCCGAAAAGUGCACAAUCACAUACGCCAUUAUCAACGAAGCCGCCAAGUCUGGUCUUGGGCAGUAUAUUGGUGUCACGAGCUCCUACCUGGCGGGUUUGAAAGCCGGCGACGACGUCCUAGUAUCUGUCCGCUCGACAAACAAGUUCUUCCAUCUACCUGCUGAUCCCGAAACUACUCCCAUCAUGAUGCUAGGAGCUGGCACGGGACUCGCACCUUUCCGAGCCUUCAUCCAAGAACGUGCAACUCAGGUCGCAGCUGGCAGAUCACUAGCGCCAGCCAUGAUGUUCAUGGGGUGCCGCUCGUCAGAUACAGAUCGUCUUUACGCCUCUGAGAUCGACGCCUGGGCAGCGGCUGGCACAGUUGAUGUUCGCUAUGCUUUCAGCCGUGAUCCUGAGCACGAGCUCGCAAGCGGGUGCAAGUACAUCUCCGACCGCAUGCUCAGAGACAAAGACGAUGUGCGCAAGCUGUGGCGGGCUGGAGCCAAAGUCUUCACUUGUGGCUCGCCUGCUGUUUCCGAGAGUGUGGGCAGAGCGGCGAUCCAGAUCUUGAAGGGAGCCAGGGCUGAUAAAGGCGAACGUAUGACCGACGAGGAAGCGAAGAAGUGGUUUGCAGAGAGGCGAAACGAGAGAUUUGUUGUCGAUGUUUUUGCUUAG